GUUAUAAUGGGGAUAAUAUCAAUGAUCGGGGGGCUAACCAGUUUAAGGUUACCUGAAACACUUCAUGAACGCUUACCGCAAACGCUUGAAGAGGGGGAAAAUUUUGGUAAAGAAUGGUCACUUGAGAAUUGUGUGCGCUGCUAUUCUAAACAAAAAACAAUAUCACAUAUUGAGUCGUACGAAGAUUUGGAUCUUCUGCAAGCAAAAGUGCUUAAGGAGGCUAAAAUACAGACCGGUGAAGAAGUUGGAAACACACAGCCACAAGGGACCUCAAUAAAGCGUUUAAUGCGUCAAAUGAGUGUAAUGGAUACACAAAAAAAAAUUGAUGGGACAAUGCAAUUAACCCACUGGAUUUAG